UGAUUUCAGUCUCUCUUUGGACGUGAGGGAGUAAGGUGCUGUGGAAGGGGUUCAUUCUUUAGGUGAUUAGAGUUUCCGGAAUCCAUCUCAACAUGUGGCGGAGGAUCGCGGUGAUGAUGGUGGUGAUGGUGGUGAUGGUGAUGGAAGUCUCCAGCAGAAGCCCCAGCUAUCAGGAGCCCUGCGAGGUGACGGACGAGGAUGGGGAUGGGGACUGCUUCUGGGGCGUGGCUGGGGUCGACUACCCAAUCUACCCCAGCGUCCCCAAGACUUCCUUCACCUGCGAUGACCAUAUACCUGGGAUCUACGCCGAUACUGAAGCGUCCUGCCAGGUGUACCACAUGUGCCAGAGGAAGGGCGAGAUAGACUCCUUCCUGUGCCCCAACGGGACACUCUUCCACCAGGAGUACUUCAUCUGCGACCUGUGGUUCAACGUGGACUGCGGCCGUGCAGAGGACUUCUACCACCUCAACAACGAUAUCUACAAGAAGCCUAGCUAUGAUUAGAUUGCCAUUACUAUUACCAUUAUUAUCAAUAGUAUUAUGUUCCUUCGAUUUUCAGUCAAUGGCAGUCACACAUCUCAGUAAAUUACGUUGUGGCAGCGUCUUUUGGAGAAUCUUGCCGCUAUUUACAUGUUCGUUGUGAAGCAACUAAAAACUGAUAGUGGUCUACUACUACUACUACUACUACAAUCAUUUUUUUACACUUUCCAUUAUAACAGAGAUUCUAUAAAUGCUAAACAGGCAGCAUUUCAUAUAUAUAUAUAUAUAUAUAUAUAUAUAUAUAUAUAUAUAUAUAUAUAUAUAUAUAUAUAUAUAUAUAUAUAUAUAUAUAUAUAUAUAUAUAUUUUGAAUCGCUCAUAAUUACUGUUUUUUACUGUGAUUGUAGGUUGUGCUAGUAAUUUUGCAAUUCCCGUUAAAUCAUUUAACUCAACUAAGUUUUUUUAGGAACUUUUCUAUUUGUGUUCCUUUAAUUUAAUCAUUUAGUAAUUACUGUGAUUUUCUAGUCUUUUUAAAUACUACUUUGAUUAGUGCGCAAAUCUCAUGUGAGUGUGUUGCCUUUCCGUGGCAUUCUACAAACCUUGUCUUAUCCAGGAGAACGAUCUUUACCUACUUGUUUUGAGUCUUAAGAAAAACAGAGUAUGCACCACACACAGCACCAAGCUCUCGAUAAGACGAUUCAGUUACCGCAGAAUGCCGCGGAUCUUUCCUUUAUACUUGUAGCUAUUUCACUAAUAACACCAGCUGUGAUAACUCUUUGGUUUCAUCAUUCUGAAAUUGUUCUAGUUCCCCUUAGUUUGUAUUUGUAAUGUGCAGGAUAUUUGCUCUGUUGUAGUAAGAGUGUAGGAGUAUCUGCAGUUUCGUUAUUAUUAUUAUUAUUAUUAUUAUUAUUAUUAUUAUUAUUAUUAUUAUUAUUAUUAUUAUUAUUAUUAUUAUUAUUAUUAUUAUUCUCUUUUAUCCAUUACUUUGUAUUUGUAAUGGGCAGAUUAUUUGCUCUACUAUGGCAAGUGUUUGUGAAUAACUACAAUUCAUUUAUUUGUAUUCUUACCAUUAUUAUUAUUAUUAUUAUUAUUAUUAUUAUUAUUAUUAUUAUUAUUAUUAUUAUUAUUAUUAUUAUUAUUAUUAUUAUUAUUCACAGUAGUUAUUACCUUCAUUCCUAUUCUUAUUAUAUCAUUGUAACCUUUCAUAGUCCGUUAACUUUACUUAUAGCUAUAGCCGGGAAUAAUUUCGUAGUUCUUGUAAUCUACUGUGUAACCCUUAUUGUAUGCAAGCCCUUGGCGGCGGCUCCGCGGUGGCCACGUUACCACUAAUAUUAGGGUAGAUUAGGCGAGCAUGUGAGCUAUCUCAUCUGUAAUCGUAACUUAUUUAUUUUAUUUAUUGUAUAAGUGUGUGUGUGUGUGUGUGUGUGUGUGUGUGUGUGUGUGUGA